AUGCUAGCCGUCAUCGCCGUCCUCCUGCUCCUGCUGCCGCCGGCGAUGCCCUUCGAGGGCUCCGAGUGCGACGGCAGCAAGUACGCGCCCAACAGCACUUUCCAGGCAAAUCUCAACCUCGUCGCUGCUGCGCUCCCCGGCAACGCCUCCUCCAUGCCCACCGGCUUCGCCACCACCACCACAGGCACCAGCCCCAACCGGGCAUACGCCAUGGCGCUCUGCCGCGGCGACGUCAAGGCCUCCACCUGCGACGCCUGCGUGGCGGCGGCGUUCACUGCCGCUGGCGCCAACGGGAAUUGCCCCAACAACACGGGCGUCACCAUGUACGAGGACGCCUGCGUCGUUCGAUUCUCCAGCGUGCAGUUCCUGGACUUCCUCAGAGCGGACCAGUGGCAGCCCGGCGAGCUUGCAUUUCAAAUUACCCCGGCGUUUGGGAACGUCACGACAGUGCCGGGAGCCUGGUUCAGCGCCGCCGCCACGGUCAUCCUCACCGCCGUGGUCGACCACGCGGUGGCUGCGGUGGGAAACUCCACUGCAAUGAAGUACUUCGCCACGGGUGAGAUGGACUUCCAGCCAAAGAUUUACGCGAUCGCGCAAUGCGUCCCGGACAUGACACCGUCGCAGUGCCAGAGCUGCCUCCGGACCCUCGUCAUUCAGUCGACUGGGCUCCUAGUCAACACCAAGCCGCGGUGGAUCAUGUCUUUCGUGGCGUGGUGCAACCUGAGGUACAGCGUGCAGCCGCUUUACGAGGGACGGUCAAUGCUGCAGCUUCAGGCGCCGCCACCGCCGGCAGUGGUGCCUCCGUCUGCAGCUCCAGAAUCUGGAGGAGCAGGGACGAAAACGAAAGCAGUAGGAAUCUCUGUGGGCAUUGGUUGUUCUGUCGUCUUGAUAUUGGUUUGCAUUUUCGCUUUUGUUGUAUGCAAGAGAAGAGCUAAGGCUACCAAGGACGGCCACCCACCAGCAUUGCAGAAAAUUGCGGGUGCACAAUGCACGAUCUUCGAUUUACCUACGCUACAAGAGGCAACUGAAAACUUCUCCGAGAAAAAUAAGCUUGGCGAAGGCGGUUUUGGUAUUGUAUACAAGGGGAUACUACCAGAUGGGCAAGAAAUAGCAGUGAAGAAACUUUUGGAAAGAACUGGGCAUGGUUUGAAGGAGCUGCACAAUGAGGUGCUGCUAUUGGCAGAGCUGCAGCACAAGAAUCUUGUUAGAUUACAUGGGUAUUGCUCGCAUCGGGAUGAUACGCUGCUAGUUUACGAGUAUAUCAAGAAUGGGAGCCUCGACAACUUUCUGUUCGAAUCUAGGGAGGAAAGUGCACUCAACUGGGAGCAACAGUAUAACAUCAUUCUUGGAAUUGCCAAGGGAAUAUUGUAUCUUCACGAGGACUCAAGCUUGAGGAUAAUCCACCGAGACCUCAAACCUAACAACAUUCUUCUUGCCGACGACAUGGAUCCAAAAAUCGCAGACUUUGGACUGGCGAGGCUGCUAGGAGAAGGUCAUACACAUACUAAGACAGCUAGAGCUGCUGGAACACUUGGUUAUAUGGCACCAGAGGCAAUGCACGGACGCAUGUCACCAAAGAUCGAUAUUUACAGCUUCGGUGUGUUGGUUCUUGAAAUUGUAACUAGGAGAAAGAACAGCAGUUCUGGUGAUCAUGACGCAGUGAAUCUCCUUACCGAUGUGUGGAAUUGUUGGACAAAAGGGUCGAUAUCUGAAAUGAUAGACCAAUCACUCGAUGAAUACGCUCGAAGCCAAGCAUUACGCUGCAUCCACAUCGGGUUGAUGUGUCUCCAACCAGACCCUGACGACCGUCCUUUGAUAUUAUCCGUCAUUUUCAUGUUAACUAGGGACAACAUGGAGAUUCAGGCACCGGCACAACCUGCAUUCUUCUUCCGGAGGGAAUCACUUUUAGCUUCUCUAUCAUCGUACGACCAACCGGAUAUCAUAUUGGACGAUAACGUCUCUGUGAAUGGGGUUACAAUCACUGAUCUGUAUCCUAGGUAAGUCAUGGGUCUGGGUAAUGUGAGGCUUUUGAGGCUAAAGUCAAAAGUUUGGCUAGAAUAGUUUUUCCAUUUGCCAUUUGGUAAAAGAAAGUGUAAGUAAAAUCAAAUUGAAAGAAGCUUUCAACAA